AUGCUGUGGGGCAUUUUCUGUUGCGACUGCCGGAGGUUUUGGAGGAGGAGGGUGGCGUCUCUCACGCUCCGUGUCCGAAGAGGUCGCGGGCACGUUGGGGGAGGCUCCCAGGAUGAGGAUGGAAUGCCAGGACAGGGUGACACGGUCUCCCUGCAGCCAAGACAAGAUGCAGAGGCUGCGGACCGGGAGCUGUGGCAGGGACCCCCUCCUGGGGAUCGCGUGGCCAAAGGGGGAAUGUCCAGUCGAAGGCCAUCAAGCUCGGCGCCCGGGGGUCGGAUGCUGAAGCAGAAGAGGAAGCUAACCUCCCUCCCUUCCUUACCCCUCCAGAAAUACGUGAACAAGAGCUCCAGCAACGGGCACGAGGCCAUCAGAGGACAGUGUGCGGAUAUCGGCCCAGGAGACCUGCUCCCACCUCCUGCAAUCAACUUGAUCCCACCUACUCCAUUCAAUCUGAUCAACGAUGAUCUUUUCUUUCAGAUUAACUUGGAGGAGGGCAGUAUAGAGACAGGCAGCUCGGAAUGUCCAAGGGUUGGAGAUGCCAGGAACCAUGGCCCUGAUACCGAGGGAGGAGCGCUGGGCAUCUCUGUGGGAAAUAAUGAGGCAGGUACACCAUCGCCCUUUGGCCCCAACGCGAAACCAGGUGCUGAUCCUCUGGAAGAUUCUCCCUAUCUGAACUCAGAGCAUGCCCUCCUCCAGCAAGAGCUGAAAUCCAAUUGGGCAAGGGAACAAAAGAUGGGCCUAGAGGUCACCUCAAGCCAAACUUAUCUGUUAUCCCAUUGUGAAGAGAUUCCGCUUCCGCAAGAUCCCAAAAAGAGCAAUCAAAUCAGCAAGGGAGAAAACUCCAGGGAACAGAUAAAAGCAACGCUCUGGCUGAACCCGCUCCAGAUCAAACUGAGGCCCAAGCUACAGCUCAAGAGGCCGGCGAGCAGGAGGUACAGCCUGGAUAAUGUGAAGAGCAUGAGUGGAGCAUUUUGGAGUCCAGGGUUAGCUCCUGGCACUGAGGGAGCUGGAUCGCCAAGACAGAGACGCAUCACUCUUGAAUCCUACAUACCACCUUCAACUGAUCCGAAUGGCAGCUUAAAAGGAAAGGAGAACAGCAAAGAACCGAAGGAAAGAUCUCUGGAGGAAAUGAACACAGAUGAAGUUUGCGAAUGGGUCAGGAAGCUAGGACUGGAGAAGUGUAUCCCUAUCAUCAAAGAGAAAAAAUUGCAAGGACAGCAGUUGGCAUCAAUCGACCCGAACAUUCUCGACCAGCUGCAAUUGGCAACCACAGAGGAGAAAGAGAUUCUCCUGUCAUCCAUUUACAAAGAGGUCCACCCAGUGAACACAGCCUGCCAAAGCCUCGAUAAUCUGCUCGAGACAAUUGGCCCUCAUGAUAUCGAGAGAUUUACAGCAGCCCUGUUAACUCUUGGCAACUCGCAGUCGUCAGGUUGGGCCCAGUCUAACCACACACACAACAGGGAAGAAAAAGCAGUACAAGAUAAAAAACUGAAAAAGUCUCACCUGGUCAACUUAUCAGUGAAAGCCUUUCAGCAAAACCUACAGUUGAAGGUCCCAAGGAAUUCCACAGUUGCUAAAGUGAUCGAUGCAUGCCAGAAGAUUCUGGGACUUAAGGAAGGUGCCAGUCACCUGUCACUAAAUAUCAUCACCAGCAAAACGGGUCAAGUGGCCGUGGAGCUGCCAGCAGAGAAACAGAUAGGCGAAUUGAAGGUUUUGGAGAAAAAAGAGCUCAAACUGCAACUGUGCAGGAAAGCAAGCCGCAAUUUGCAUGGCGUGGAAAACAAUUUAAGUUCGUCAUCAAGACAUCGACAAGUGCCGGAGUCUGGUUUAGCUUCAGUUUCACCUCACGGUACACCAACGAUGAGAGCCCAGAAAUAUCAGAUGGAACUGAGAGCUAAAGAAGAUGAGAUAAGUGAAUUGAAGCAGCUCAUAAAAAGCCUCAAAGUGAAUCAUCAGCGGGUCCUUGAGCUUCUGCAGUGUUCUCACUCUCUGCAUCGUGAGGCAGUCUACCUUCUCACUGAGUCUGUCUGUCCCGCAACUCCACAGGAGGAUUCCUGUUGUACUGAAGCUCAACUAACCAAGAAAGAAAUGUUCAUCGAGCAGCUAACCCUGGCACAGAAAGAGCUAGGGAAUGAGAGCUGCAUUGACAAAGCACUCCUUAAACAAAUGAAGCUCGACUAUCAGAUUCUGAAGGAAAAAGUCUUCGCCUUCUAUCAAAAACAGGAACAGGUGAAAUGGGAGAACGUGGGAGAAUGGAAUACCUCACUGUUUCUGCAACAAUGUGAUGAAAAAUUUUAG